CUCUUUCUAAGCAGCCUAGUUUUUCCAUCUUUUCGUGCUUGCCUGAGUGAGUGAGAGAGACAGGAUCAUCAAUCGAUUUCUUUCCUCCACCAUGGCCAGAGAUUCAUCGGAGAAUUGGGUUCGACUGCCCACGAAAAUCCUUCGUGAAUUGGGCCUGCUCUCCCUCUGGAAAUCCUCGCUAGAUGUGAAAUUGCUUUGCGCCCAGCGGUUUGUUCGGCUGUUUGCUUAUGGUGGCUCGACGCUUAUUUUAGCCUCGUAUCUAUCCUCAUUAGGCAUUUCCGAUGCCCAUAUUGGCCUCUUUAUGACCCUAACUCUGGUUGGGGAUGUGGUCAUUAGCUUCUUCCUGACCCUUUUUGCCGAUGCGAUGGGCCGCAAAGCUGUUCUCCUGCUGGGUUCGGCUUUGAUGGUAGGUAGUGGUGUCAUUUUCGCCUUAUUCGAUAACUUCUGGAUUCUUCUGGCGGCAGCUGUUCUCGGGGUGAUCAGUCCAAGUGGAAAUGAAAUCGGACCCUUCCGAGCUGUUGAAGAGUCCACUCUGGCUCACCUCACGCCUCAUGAAUCGCUAAGUGAUAUUUUUGCCUGGUAUUCUCUAGUCGGCACCGCAGGCACGGCUCUAGGCAUGAUGGCCUGCGGGUGGGCCAUCAAUCUACUGCAAGUUAAUCGGGGAUGGCGGUUUAUCGCUGCUUGUCAGAUGAUCUUUUUUGCGUACGCAGCUAUUGGUGCUCUCAAAUUCAUUCUCGCCGCUAUUCUGAGUCAUGACGUGGAGGCAGAGAAACAAAAGCCUGCUCAGCGGCAGCAUCAGCAAGGCGAGAAUGGUGAAACCCAGCCUCUUCUAGGCGAGGGGGCCAGCGGCGAGCAGCCUCCAAAGAAAACCAGCUUCUUUUCUUUCCUCGGUGACAGAGACCUCGUCGCGUUGGUCGUCAGACUCUUCAUUCUAUUUGCUCUCGACUCAUUUGCGUCGGGCUUGGCAUCUUUGUCAUGGAUGACUUAUUUCUUCAAACGCAAAUUCUCCCUGCCGGAGGGUGAACUCGGUUCUAUCUUCUUUACUACAAGCAUUAUCGCCGCUGCGUCCAUGUUGGUAGCCUCUUCCAUUGCCAAGCGCAUUGGUAAUGUCAAGACGAUGGUCUUCACUCAUCUCCCUUCUGCCAUUUGUCUAGCUCUUAUUCCGAUUCCGAAUAUAUUACCACUAGCCCUGACCUUUUUGGUGCUCCGGGCCUGUUCCCAGAACAUGGAUGUGGCACCGCGUUCGGCUUUCCUCGCUGCGGCGCUUCCCUCUGACAAGCGCACCGCCAUCAUGGGUGCCAUCAAUGUGGUGAAGACUAGCAGUCAGAGUCUAGGGCCACUCAUCACCGGGGUGCUAUCGAAUCAUGGUCUUUUUGGUCUUUCCUUUACCAUUGCGGGCAUUUUGAAGGCCAUCUAUGAUAUCGGCAUGCUACUCAGUUUCGCUGGCACGGAGCCGGUCCGGAGCCAGAGAUCUGGUCAGGAUGACGAAAGUGUUUGAGUUGCACUUGAGCCAAAGCCCUCCCAUCGGUGGGCGUAUAAAUGCAAUUAGACAUCUCGAUAAGUGUGAUAGCUUAUAUCCGCAGUAAAAAGUUAGAAGACGAAAGUAGAGUUUAGACAGUGCUCUUUAUUUUAUUUUUUUUUUUCAUUGCCGCCGUGUUUUGCCGGGGGAGCUUACUCAGACCAGCAUUACAACAGCAAACCCAGAAUCACGGCUGUAUAUAUGUCACUAAUGUCUUGCUUAAAAAAAGUUGGCCCCUUGCGCAUCCCUCCAGACAGACUCCAGUUGCAACGUCUCAAUGUGAU